AAAUAGCCAAUUGUCAUGUGAAAGUAGCUUUCUGUGAAUAAAUAAAUAAAUAAAUAAAUCACUUUAUUUAAUUGUCAAAGUCUUUAGCACUACUGUGCUAAUUGAGGACACUGAAAUGAACAAAAAAAUAUUGUAAAUUAAACAGAAACUUUUUAAAAACCCCAACUGGCGGGAGAACAACCAGUCGGCUAUUUACAAAGCGUGGAGGAAUUGAAUCUGGGACCACCAAACACAAAUUCAUCCAGUGGCGGGGAUACAACAUUAUGUUUCUCCAUGUCAGAAGCACUAGUUGGGCUUAUAAAGUGAUGUACAACACACAGAGGAAGUUUACUAAUUAAAAGUAUUCCACUCAUAAAUAUUAAUGUACAAUGAAAAUUACAGUUGAGCCUUUUCCAAAGGUUACCUUCUAUACACAGUCUCCUAUACUUAGCAGACACUUUGUCAGGUUGCAGACUGGUAUCUGCUGAUGAAGUUUAAAGUGCUAAUUAAAAUUUACCCGUCGCAUUGUGUUAUAUUCCCCCUUUAUAGCAGGAAUGAUCAGAGCAAUGACAACUUUGAAGGCAUCAUUAUUUCUAGUCUUAUAAAUCCAAACAAGAUGCCCAGUGUUGCAGAAUAUCAUUCAACACCCCUCUUGGUUAACUUCAAUGAAAGAGAUGGUAACAGUGAGAGUGACCUGUCCACAGAAUUGUCCAGCCCCAAAUCCAGCAAUAACAUCAUUGAGAAUAUCGACAUUGCUGACAGUCCUGUAAAGACCAGAGACGUGUCCCUUAGUGAGGAAUUGGGUUCCCAUAGUUACAAUGAAGAGUAUUGUGACAAUGGAAAUGGUAACAAUGAACAUGAUGACGCUGACAAUGAUGAUGACGAUGAUGCUAAUGAAGAUGUUAGGAACAAGGGUACUGGACAAGAUCUACACCAUUUAGCGUCGCUCUUGGUUAAGUCCAAUGAAAUAGAUGGUGGUAGUGGAGGUGACGUAUCGACAGACUUAAUCCACCCUCCUAAGUCUAGGAGUGAUUACAGUAACACAUGUAUCAUGAUUGAAGAUGUUAGUGUUUCAGACAGUCCUGUAAAGACUGGUGAAGUGUCCACUGUUGAGGAGUCUUAUUCUCAUAAUAAUAGCAAAAGGUGCUCUGAUGAUGAAGACAACAAUGCUGGACAUGAUGGCAUUGAUGAUGAUUAUGAGAAUGAAGACAAUGUUUUUGAAGAUAUCGAGGAUAAUGAAGCAAAGUCACACCAUUUGGCAUCCCUCUUGAUUAACUCCCAUGAAGUACAUGGUGACGAUGAAAGCAACUUAUCAACAGAAUCAACCAGACCCAAGUCUAGCAUGAAUGAUGACAGCAGUAAUGGAAUUGAAGAUGCCUCAUUUCCUGAUAGCUCGUUAAAAUCUAUGCACAGCUUAAGUGCAAGGCUCUUCAAGAAAUAUAAUCCAGAGAAGAGUGAAAGCGACAUGGAUGACUUUGAACUUUUCUUGCAGAAAAUUAGGACUCCUAAACCAUCAGAGUUGUAUGAUGGAAGGAAAAAAAGAGAAGAAAGCACAAAUGAGUUUAUUGUGGCUGAUGAUGAUGAUGAUGAUGAUGAAGAUCAGGAAGAUGACAUGUUUUUUGAUCCUGGGUUCACCCCAGAACUGGAGGAAAUAUCUGAUGAUGGCAAGGAAAAUGAAGACAUUGAGAUAGCAACUCCAGCCACAAGUUCUACCCUUUUUAAGACACCUACUUCAAGAGUAUUGUCGUCCAACCAUUCUUCCCGUCCUAAAAGCAUCUUGGACAACAUUCUCGUCCCAUACUCCACUGAAAAAGAGUUCAAGAAGAGCAAGGAUAAACUUGUCAAGGAACUGUUUGAAUUGUACAACCGAACGGUCUUCGAUAAUCAGAUGCCGUCAGAUUUCCAGAUUACAUGGAAUCCGAGAAUGCGUAGCACCGCAGGAUUCUGCUAUUACAGCAAGAAAAAUGGCCUCCGUGUGGCCAGGAUUGAGUUAGCAGACAAAGUCAUAGACUCGGCAGACCGAUUGCGUGACACUCUUAUCCACGAGAUGUGUCACGCUGCCGCCUGGAUGAUCAGCGGAGUCAAAGCCGGUCACGGAGCUGUGUGGAAAAAAUGGACACUUAGAGCUAACCGUGCUCACCAAGACCUACCGCCGAUAUCUCGAUGUCACAGUUACACCAUCAAUGCUAAAUACACGUACAGAUGUACCAACAACAAUUGCGCCAACAUAUUUGGGCGGCAUUCUAAGUCAGUGAAUUUGGAGAAAAGCCGAUGUGCGUAUUGCCACAGCCGGCUGGAACUUGUUCCUCAGUUAAAGAAGGACGGAACACCACAGACAAGGACUCCUAGCAAAUUUGCGUUAUUUGUCAAGCAGAACUACGCACGCAUCAAGAGCGACAAUGAUAGAUUUUCACACCAGGAUGUCAUGAAAGCUCUGAGUUCAGAAUUCGCCAAAGUGAGCACCACAUAACAAGCGCUGUGGAACCCUCGAUAUUGAAAAGCGAAACACUCGGAGAAGGUUGUACGUGAAUGCCCAAUACGUUCUUGGAAAAGAGAUUGUCUGUUACUAAAGGACCUAAAAUACUGUGUUUCAGCUCUUUGAAUCAAAGAGCGUCUGUUUUGAAAAUUUUCAAAACGACACUUUUAUUGCCAACCGUUUUUCGAUUGACUUGGUUGGCCGUGUUUGUCAUAGUCUAUUGGGAAAUUAUAUAUUGCAUAUUAUACAUUAUAUCCCAUUAUAUGAGGUUAUAAUUACGGUAAAAUGACAGCAAGAAAAAUUCCAGGGCAAAUGUCCUUCAGCAUAUUUUAUUACUACAAAGUUGUUUUCAUACUGAGUAUAAGAAUAUAGAAGUCUAUUGAAGCAUUGUAUUAAAUAUAAUUUUUUUUCUUAUUACACUUGGGUAAUUAUGUUUAAUCUGUCUUGUUAUGUCAAAUUUGAGCAUUUUUUUAAUAAAGUUGUUGUUCACAAGUA